AUGACAAACCCCUGUACACCCAAUGCCAUCCAAACACUCUACAAUGAGCAGCCUUGUCCAGGCGCCAUCUUGCAGGUCCUGAACACCAAGGCUAUGGUCCAGCCGGCGCAAGGCGGAGCCAUCCGCCACAGACUGCUUUUAUCGGAUGGGAGCUACGUAUUUCAAGGCAUUCUUGGCGUCGGAUUGAAUCAUCUCGUCGACAGCGGGGCUUUGAAACAGUAUUCGCUUAUUAAGCUGAACAAGCAUUCGAUCAAACCCGUCAACAAAAGAAAACUUAUCCUUGCUUUAGAGCUUGAUGUCCUCGACCAGUUUGGUCACCUCGGUAAGAUCGGAGAGCCAAUCAGCAUCGACCCCGACACUGCUGCUCCCGCGCAGAGCCGAGCUGGUCAACAGCAACAGCAGGCCUCUAACCCAUACCAGCAGGUGCACCAGCAACAACCACAGCAGCACCAACCGCAACAACAUAUUCUUUCGCCCAGCGGUGGACCAGUCUUUCCUAUUAGCUUCUUGAAUCUAUAUCAGAACAAGUGGACGAUCAUGGCUCGCGUCACACAAAAGUCAGACAUCAAGACUUGGAGCAAACCAGGAAAUAGCGAGGGUAGACUGUUCAGCAUGACCCUGAUGGAUGAGAGUGGGGAAAUCAAGGCUACAGCCUUCACUCAACAAGUGGAUGAAUACUACAACAUGAUCGAGGAGGGCAAGGUCUAUUUUAUUUCCAACGCCAAGGUUGACGUGGCCAAAAAGCAGUUCAACAACGUCAAGAACAAUUAUGAGCUGAUUCUUCAGCGCGACACCCACAUUGUCCCCGCACCGGAGAACAACCAUGUACCAACGAUGCGUUACAAUUUCGUGGAUCUGUCGACCCUCGCCAAUAUCAACGAGAAAGAAACAGUGGAUGUCGUGGCUAUUGUCAAGGAGAUCGGUGAAGUCACCAAUACCAAUUCACAAAAGACGAACCGUCCUGUUAUCAAACGCGACCUGACAUUGGUAGACAGCACCGGCUUCGCCACUCGGCUUACACUUUGGGGCAACCAGGCCGAAUCAUUCUCUGUCAAUGGCUCAAAUCCUGUUAUCGCGUUCAAGGGUGUCUCUGUUAGCAACUAUGGUGGCAAGUCGCUCAACGCUUUUGGCGGCAGCACAUACAAACUGAAUCCAGAGAUUACAGAGGCCUUCAAACUGCGAGCAUGGUUUGACCAGCAGGGACAAUCCGCCACGUUCCAGGCUCAUGCCUCUGACUUCAAGGCCAAUGCGGCUCCCAGGAUGACGUUUGAUGAGUUCAAAAAUGCGGCUGCAAACCUGGAACCUGUACAGCAGCUCUACUUUGAGACGAAGGGUACAAUUGUGAGCAUGGGUAAAGCCGAGAACACGUUCCAAUACCCGGCCUGCCCAAUGCCCAACUGCAACAAGAAGGUCACGCAAGACAGCAACGGCUGGCGAUGUGAGAAGUGCAGCCAGACACAUCCUGAGCCAGAGUACAGAUACAUAAUGGGAGUGAACGUCGCCGAUCACACUGGACAGAACUGGCUGCAGGCCUUCAACGAUGCUGGAGCUACCAUCACCGGACGACCAGCUGCAGAGCUUGUUAUGAACCCUAAUGAAGUCAGGCCCACGUUCGACAGAGCCACGUUCAAGGCAUAUACCUUCAAGUGCCGAGCGAAGCAGGAGGUUUAUGGAGAUGAGGCGAAGAUGCGCUUCACGAUUAUUUCAGUAACACCCAUCAACUGGGUUGAUGAAUCCAAGUAUCUGUUGAAGCAGCUGCAGGAGUACGGAGUCUAA